CUUACCCAUUCUCUCACCUCACCGCACGAACGCUCGCUACCUGCCUUCACACUCCUCGCUCCCGUCCCCCCUCGCGACGCCGACGCCGCCAUGCCGGUGGACGUCGAGAUGAACGACUCCGUGGCUCCCGCGCCCGUCGUUAUCUCUGCGAUCGCCGACGUCCCCGCUCUCUCUACCUUGCAACAUCUGAAGGAGAUCGCGUCGGUGAUCGAGGCCGGGUCGCUGACCAAGGAGGUGCGCCGGAUCUCCCGCGCCGUCCGCCUCACCGUCGCCCUCCGCCGCCGCCUCGCCCCCCGCGACGUCGCGGCCUUCCUCGCCUUCGCGCUGCCCUCUUCCUCCGAUGCCUUCGCCCACCUCUCCCCGCUCCUGCCCAAGGAAGAUGGAACUGAGAUGGAUGUUGAUACUGCGGCUCCAGUAGCUCAAGUUUCAAUCAAGCAUGGUCUCCCAGAGAUUGAAAUAUACUGCUACUUGCUUGUGUUGAUUUUCCUUAUUGAUCACAAGAAGUACGAUGAGGCUAAAGCAUGUGCCAACGCUAGCAUUGCUCGUCUGAAGAAUCUCAAUAGGAGGACUGUUGAUGUUUUGGCUUCUAGGCUAUACUCGUAUUACUCAUAUGCACAUGAACUCACCAACAGCCUUGCUGAAAUUCGUGGCAUGGCAACUUUGCACCGUGAUGAGCUUGGCCAGGAAACACUUCUUAACCUGCUUCUUCGCAAUUACCUGCACUACAACUUGUCCGACCAGGCAGAAAAACUUAGGUUAAAGGCACCACGUUUUGAAGCACAUUCCAAUCAGCAGGUUUGUACUUCUAAAAUGAACUUGACUGACGAGGUUUGGAAGAUUAAUUCUCCAGACCGAAUAAAAUCAGUCCUGCUGAUCGAGAAGUUUUAUCAACAAGGCCUGGAGGAUUAGGCUUGCCAUGGACAUGGCAGUGACAGUCAACCGCAGCCUUGCAUCAAUGCACCGGGCUUACUUCUCCGCUUCAGAAUAAGAUUGUAUAGGGAUCUGUCGAUGUCGAACUAUUCUUAGAGGCUGCACUUGGUUUAUAUUAUGGAAAAGUAAACAAACCUGACAGGCUAAAGGUGAUCAUUGUAUUGCUUACUGCUUAGGGACAUGUUACAGUUACACAAUCAAACAUGAAUUGGAUUUAUUGUGUUCUCAGCUACUCAACUUACCUCUAAUUCGGAACAUACAUUCUGUAGGCUCUUUUACUUCUUGCACUCUCCAUUGAGGCAGAUCCAAGCACAAUUAUUCUGUGGGUGUUUUAUCUUCAUAUUUACUAUCAAAAGGAUGAAGGACUUGGAACAUUUUCAGUGAACUGCAGGAGGGUGGGUGGAGGGCGGAGGGCGCGCUCACCGGUGCUCUGGCAUCAUGCUCGACGAGGAAGAGGGCUUGGCGUCGGGGACGUGAACCUGGCUGUGGCGUUGGAUGCAUGGCGCAGCUGGCGCAACUUCCUCUGGCCGCACGACGAGGCAUCUGGCCGCGCGGCGAGGCAGGGCCCAAACUCCAUGACAACUUUCUUCCUCGGCGGCAGAUGAACCCUGUUGUUCAUGAUGAGGAGAUCAACCCUGUUGUGUAUUUUAUCUAAUGGUUUCAAACCAUGUUGUUCAUGAUGUGGAGAUGAACCCUGUUGGUCAUGUAAGUUAGAUGCCUGGAUUGUGAAUCCUUGAAUGUUUCAAAAUGUUGGUUUCAAACCUAGAUUGCUUGGAAAUAUUGGUUUUAAACAUUGCUUGA